AUGCAUAUCCAGUCGAUUCCCAUGUGGACGGGGAGUAGCGACAACUACGCCUACCUCGUUACCGACGAGAAGUCGAAAGAUGCUGUCAUCAUCGACCCCGCGCACCCCGAGGAGGUCUCUCCUGUCCUGAAGCAGGCUGUUCAGGACGGCAAGAUCAACCUGACGGCUAUUGUCAAUACGCACCAUCACUGGGAUCACGCCGGUGGCAACAAGAAGCUGCUGGGCGAUCUGGAAACUCCGGACCUGCCCAUCAUCGGCGGCAAGGACUGCGACGGCGUCACCAAGACCCCGGGUAACGGCGAGGGCUUUAGCAUUGGGAGCAUUGCGGUGAAGGGCUUGUACACGCCGUGUCAUACCCAGGACAGCAUCUGCUGGUUCAUGCAGGAUGGCGAGGAGAAGGCUGUCUUCACCGGAGACACGCUCUUCCAUGGUGGCUGCGGGAGGUUCUUCGAGGGUAACGCAGAGGAGAUGCACACGGCUCUGAACAAGACCCUGGCAUCGUUGCCAGAUGAGACCAAGGUCUACCCUGGCCACGAGUACACGAAGGCCAACGUCAAAUUCGGCAUCUCGGUCCUCCAGAGCGCGGCGGUCAAGAAGCUGCAGUCCUUCGCCGAGAACAACAAGGAAACGCAAGGCAAAUUCACAAUCGGUGAUGAGAAGCAACACAAUGUCUUCAUGAGAGUAGAGGAUCCCGAGAUUCAGAAGGCUACUGGUCAGACAGAGCCGGUCGAGGUCAUGGCUAAGCUACGGGAGAUGAAGAACAACUUCAAGUGA